CAAAACUUCCUUUAACCUCAAUUCGCAUUCACAUAGACGCACACAAGCCAAGUUGGAAAACUACCCGAUACGGAAUGUGUGUAGUGGUCGCCUUUGUUGUGGACGCGUCGUCCAGUCGAGCGGUCAGUUGGUCUGCAACCCUUGAGUCGUCAGGUGGACGGCUCGUCUACUCGUCUCCUCGGGUCGCGUUUUCGAUUUGUUCCCAAAAGUCAAUCGAAGGGUCGGGGCGUGGACUGUCAGGCAGCCAAGUUUCCGCUCGAGCAUAAUCGCGUGUGUUUUAAAAUUCAAAGUGAAGUGUCUGUCUCGUCGUUAUCCGUCUGACGCCGGCACAGCGCCAUGUUCAACACCAGUGCCCAGAAUUGGUUCGGCAUGGGCCAGGCUUCCGUGGCUCCGGCCGGCGGUGUUGCCCAGUUGCUCAACAACAACAACUCGAAUCUCUACAACCAGCCGCAGCAGACGGCGUCGCAUCCCUUCAUGCGCCAACGAUCGCUGACCAGCUCCAAUCCCGCCCUGGAGCGCUCCACUGCCAUGUCCGUGCGGCCACAGUCGCCGCCCAACGUCCAGGUGGAGUACGAGGUGGCCAUGCCCUUCGUCUCCGCCUAUCGGCACACCCCAUAUCACUCGCUGUGGGAUCUGCACCAAUGCUCGUCCACACCUCCGACAAGCCUGUCGCAUAUGGCUCGAAUGAUGGACUCCCUGAUCCUGGACUCGCUGUCCCCAUUUGCCUUCACCAAGAUCACAGCCACCAGUCGACCCACUCGGAAUGCCACCUUGAAGAAGGCUUCGGAAGGCGGACACUCCUCGACAGCGGAGCGCCACCGACCCAUUAACAACUUGGGCUCGAAUGCACCAGGAGGACUGGGCAUUGGCGGAAGUGUUCCGCUGCGCAGCAAGCAGCGGCUGCCCACCCAAGUCUCCGCCGCAGAAGUGGCUCCACAGCCGCGAGCCAGUCAGGCGGCCCAGAUGCCGUUCCCAUCGCAGCAGCAGGACAACCGAUGGGUGUCCUCCUUGAGGCGUCGUGAUCCCGAGCUGCAGCCCACACUGCCCUCCAUCAGCAGCAAUGCGAACAGCAGCAGCCUGGGACAGAGCCACCACGGCAGUGCCGGGAAUGUGGGACUGGCGGGCGCAGGUGCCCCCACACCCGUCUCCAGCAUGGGUGCCAUGAGACUGGGAAGGCCAUCCAGGGCAUCCGCCAUGACCGCCGCCCUGAGGAAGAGUCGGUCCGUGGAGCGCCUGCGGGCAAGGAAGCUCAGCACCAACACCCAGCUGACUCUGAAGCACAAGCCGGUGAAGAAGAACUCACUGGACGAGAACUCCAACUCGGACGACCAGGAUGCCACCACUUCGCUGGAGGACAACUCGCACGCCCAGUCCCUGUCCACCAGCCACAACACGCCCAAGUGCUCGCCAAAGACCAAGGCAAAGCACUUCUCGCCCCUGGGCUACGAGGCUCAUCUGGUGGACACCCUCGAGAAGGACAUCCUGCAGCGGCAUCCCUGCAUCAAGUGGACCGAUGUGGCCGGACUCAACGAGGCCAAGACCAUACUGCAGGAAGCGGUGGUGCUUCCGGUCAUCAUGCCGGAAUUCUUCAAGGGAAUCCGAAGGCCGUGGCGCGGAGUGUUGAUGGUGGGACCGCCAGGCACUGGCAAAACGAUGCUGGCCAAGGCGGUGGCCACAGAAUGCGGCACCACCUUCUUCAAUGUGUCCUCCUCGACCCUGACCUCCAAGUAUCGAGGCGAGAGCGAGAAGCUGGUGCGGCUUCUCUUCGAGAUGGCGCGCUUCUAUGCUCCCAGCACUAUCUUUAUCGACGAGAUCGACGCCCUGUGCGCCUCCAGGGGCAGCGAUUCGGAGCACGAGGCCAGUCGACGGUUCAAGGCCGAGUUGCUCAUCCAGAUGGACGGGCUUAAUGCAACCAUGCAGGAGGAGAAGGUGAUCAUGGUGCUGGCGGCCACCAAUCAUCCGUGGGACAUCGAUGAGGCCUUUCGGAGACGUUUCGAGAAGCGGAUCUACAUUCCGCUCCCAAACGAGGACACCCGCUCCGCUCUACUCAAUCUCUGCCUGAAGGACGUCUGCCUGUCGCCCAGCCUGAACACCGGAAUGAUCGGCGACGAGCUGCAGGGCUACUCGGGAUCGGACAUAAGCAACGUGUGUCGCGACGCCUCCAUGAUGGCCAUGCGGCGCCUCAUCUCGGGACGGACUCCCGAUCAGAUCAAGCAGAUCCGCCGCGAGGAGGUGGACCAGCCGAUCACGCUGCAGGACUUUCAGGACGCCCGCCAGCGCACCAAGAAGUCGGUGAGCGCCGACGACGUGGCCCGCUUCGAGAAGUGGAUGGAGGAGUACGGGUCGUGCUAGUUGUAUGGGCUACUGGCCCAGCACCCCCGAUGAUCGUAUCCCAAGCGUACUUCCAAGUCUCAAUUGCAAUACUUUUCAAUCUGUAUAAAUCGUACUCGUUAGCCGUAAAGUUGUGUUUUAUAUAUGCUUAAUUGCUCAAGUGCCCCACGCCCAGCAUUGCCCCUCUAUGUACGUGCACACGGUAAUCUGAUAUCUUAUAAAUACAUGAUAUAUA